UUUGCACUUGAGUUUUGCUUGCUGAUACCUGGUGAUGGAAAAUCAAAGCAGCAAAAUCAGUGACCUGCUUCAAAGUGCUCUUGAGGACCUUUUUCAGGAGGCCUUCAAAAAAUUUAAAGACAAACUCUCACACACUGACUUUGAGGGGAAGGGCCCCAUCCCCCGAGGUCGGCUGGAGAACGCCGACAGGAUAGACACUAAGAACCUCCUGAUGGAAUUCUAUGGUGGAGCUGCUGCCGUAGAGGUGACCAUCAAUGUUCUCACUCAGAUCAACCACCGAGAUUCUGCUGCAAAACUCAGAGCAGAAAGUGAGAAAGUUUUGUCAAAGGAAAAGAAGAAAACAGCACAAGUUAAAGAAGAAACAAGAGGGAACAAGAGACGAUGGGAUCAGGGAUCAUGUGCAGAGACACAUCAUACUAAGGAGUUGCUAGUUGAUAAUCCAUCUUUGAAAGGCUCUGCUUACCAGAGGAAGUAUAGAGAACAUAUACAAGAAGAAUACCAAGUCAUAGAAGACACGAAUGCUCGCCCAGGUGAACAUGUGAGUCUAGACAAAAGAUACACGGAACUGCUUAUUGUAAAGGAACAUCGGGGACAGGAGGAGAAAGAACAUGAAAUCAUCACCAGAGGAAGGAGACACGCAGAACUGAUGGCUCAACAAACCAGUCUCACUCAGAUUAGUCUGUUAUUUGAUCCUGAUGGAAAUCGACAAAGCACAAGAACUGUUGUGCUGCAGGGAGUUGCUGGGAUUGGGAAAACAAUGACAGCGAGAAAGAUCAUGUGGGACUGGGCAGCUGGAAAUCUCUAUCGGAAAAAGUUUGAUUAUGUUUUCUAUAUAAAUUGCAGAGAAAUAAAUUGUAUUAUUAAAAAUCAAAGUGAUUCCAAAAAUGAACGUGGUGCUGACAAUCGAAGUGUUGCUGAUUUGGUUUUGAGCAAUUGUCCUGAUGGAGGAGGACCAAUUAAAGAAAUCUUUGAGAAGCCAGAAAAACUUCUGUUUAUAAUAGAUGGUUUUGAUGAAUUAAAUUCCUUGCUAGAGAUUGAUGACGUUAGCCUGUGCACUAACCCAUUUGAGAAGAGGCCAGUGGAAAUCACCUUGUGCAGUUUGUUGAGAAAGAAAGUUCUUCAGAAAUCCUUCUUGCUGAUCACAACAAGACCAACUGCCUUGGGGAAACUAAAGCAGAUUUUGAAAUUUCCACGUUUUGCAGAGAUCAUGGGAUUUUCUGCAGAUGAGAGGAAAGAAUAUUUUCAGAAAUUCUUCCGUGAUGAAAAGAAAGCAACACAAGCCUUUACUUUUGUCAAAGAAAAUGAAAUGCUCUUCACCAUGUGCUUUGUCCCCAUUGUGUGUUGGAUCAUCUGCACGGUUUUGAAACAACAGAUGGAAAGAGGGGAGGACCUUGCACAAACUUCAAAAACAACCACAUCAGUAUAUUUACUCUUUCUCUCCACUCUCCUAACUGAUCAUUUCACUGACACAAUAGAACAGUCUAAAACUAACCUCUGGGCACUUUGCUCAUUGGCUGCAGAUGGAAUUUUAGAACAAAAAAUACUGUUUAAAGAUGAUGACCUGAAGAAACACAAUUUGUCCUUGUCUAAUAUUCACUCUCUCUUUCUGAAUAAAAACAUUUUUCAGAAGGAUACAGAAUAUGAAAAUGUCUACAGCUUUAUUCACUUGAGUUUCCAAGAGUUCUUUGCAGCUUUGUUCUAUGUGCUGGAGGAAGAUGAAGAGAUAAUGAAAAAUUCUCUGUCUUCUAAGAAAAAUGUGGAAAGCUUGCUAAAAAAUUAUGGAAUAUCUACAAAUAAUUAUUUGAUGCUAACAGUGCGUUUCUUGUUUGGUCUCUCAAAUAGAGAAAGACUAAAUGACACAGAGAAAAAAUUACAUUGUAAAACAUCGUCUGGAAUAAGAGAUGAUUUAUUGCAGUGGUUUGAAGAAGAAACUAAAAAAAUCUCCUCUCUUUCCUAUAAGACCUAUGAGGAGCUGCAUGACCAGCUUGAAUUGUUUCAUUGUUUGUAUGAGAGUCAGGAAGAAGACAUUGCAAGAAGUGCAAUGGAUAAUUUCCAAGAAAUUAGGCUGGAACAUCUCAGGCUCACAACAAUGGAUGAAAUUGCUCUUUCGUUCUGUGUAAAAAACUGUAGUAGUAAGCAGUCACUUUACCUAUGUAAUUGUACCCUUGGGAUUGGAGAACGAGAAGAAGGAUGGAUAGCAAAGCUACGCAAAUGGUUGUUUCCUCUGAACCCACUGAUGAAAGAUCCAAGAAUGUCAACUGCAUACUCACUGUUGCAGGGACUGAAGGAUCCCAACUGUAAAGUAAAGACAAUAUCGUUGUCCAGCUGCAAACUCUCAUCCGCUUUCCCUAAGGACCUCUCCCCUCAGACCCUCUUUACAAACCAGGCCCUGGAAAAGCUGGACCUGAGCGCUAAUGCACUGGGAGACUCAGGACUGAAACAUCUAUGUGAGGGACUGAAACAGCCAGGCUGUAAGCUGCAGUCACUGCUGUUGUGGCAGUGCCAUCUCACAGCUGCUUGUUGUGAAGAUCUCUCUGCUGCCCUCCAGACAAACCAGUCCCUGACGGAGCUGGAGCUGAGUGGAAAUAAACUGGGAGAUUCAGGAAUCAAACUUCUGUGUGAAGGACUGAAACAUCCCAUAUGUAAACUGCAGAAACUAGUGGUUUGGGAUUGCCGUCUCACUGAUGCCUGCUGUGGAGAUCUCUCCUCUCUGCUCAGCACCAACCAGUCCCUGCGAGAGCUGAACCUGAGCGGUAAUAACCUGACUGGCUCAGGAGUGAAGCUUCUGUGUGAAGGACUCAGACACCCAAAGUGCAAGUUAGAGAAGCUGGACUUGUUUGAAAGCCACAUCGAUGAAACAACAGCCAUGGAGUUGGACACUGUGCAGAAAAUAAAACCAGGCUUGUCGAUUGUGCAUGGUGCAGGAUCCAGAGGUCAGAACCCAGGUCCUUGCUCCUUUUGAAAGAGAGAAAUGAAUCCGUCAGGCUGCUGGGCAGGCUGCAGAUGGCCAUGUUUCUGAAUCUCAAAGCAGUCAGCUAACUACAGAAGUCAAUUGCACGACAGGAGGAAUAUAAUUAGCUCAGUGAUUUCUUUCAGCUGCAUCCAUACUAGGAAACCUCAGUAUUUAUGAAGGCGCUUACAUUCACUUUCACUGUUGAACUAAUUCCAGAGUUUCCACAACAACACAAAAGCAGCACAAUAGUAAUUCAUAACUUGCCACCCCUGAGUGGAAUUUCCAAACAUUGCCAUUUGAACACACUGCAUUGGAUAAAAUAAUACAAGAAACGUAUUAGUUACAAAGAGAUUUAUGCUCAUUGCUUGUACUCAUUUAAAAAGUCAGAAAUAGUUACACGGAAAAAUAAAUAUAAAACAUUUAUUGAUGCCUUAAUUCACAAGCAAUCUUACAUUCAGAGCAGAGUCUUCUUGCCACUUGCUUCAGCAGCCUCACAAAACUGCCCACGAAAGCUCAUGAUACCAUCUAUGUUUUGUUAGUCUAUAAAGUGCUACCAGACCAUUUGCUUGCUGUUUUUUUUUCUUAGGUUUAGAAUCCAUUCUCCCUAAAAUCCAGUACAUGCUGUCUUUGUCUUGUUGCUUCAAGUGCCAUGAAUGCAAAGGGCAGGAAAGGAGGCUGAAGUGCCUUGAGGUGUUUAUUCCUUCUUUUUAUAGUAACAGUCAUGCUCCUGGAAAAUAUUUCCAGCUAAGAUCCUAGAAACAAAACAUCUGGGCUAUGUCUAGACUGGCAUGAUUUUCCGGAAAUGCUUUUAACGGAAAAGUUUUCCGUUAAAAGCAUUU